CCAGUCUGUAAUAUCCGUCCUGAGCAACCAGAUUAUUGACUUGUGAGAAGCUUAGAUCCAUACUCAUCUACCUAAAUCCUGGAAAUGUCUUCAACAGGUGCCCACCCAGAAUCAAACAUAAGCUAUACCACGCCCACGAAGAGAGCAGUCUUUACCUCGUCUGCUGAAGCCGGUCCCAGUCGGCCUCGGCCAUCCGGAGCUUCACCUGCAUAUAGCUCCAGGAGGCAUUCUCUGUACGGCAUUGAAGAUCGUGUUAUCCUCGACCUUGGAUCUCGCAUCUGGAAAGUUGGAUUUUCGGGCGAGCCAGAACCCCGAGCUGUAUUUUUCUCUCAAGACCCAGAUGACAAACAUUCGGCAACUGAAGCUUGGGACCUCGAUAUGGAAUCAGUCCAUGGCAUACAUGGCAGUCGGUCAGAAGGAGGUAGGUUGAUCGGUGUUAGAAUUGUACAAAAACUGAGAGAGACAUUUAUCAAACAUUUAUUGGCCGAUUCCAAACAACGUAAAGUGGUUAUAGCGGAGAAUACAUUCCUCCCCACGUAUAUCAAAGAAUACAUUGCCCACACCCUCUUCGACAAUCUUCGGGUCCCAUCUGUCGCAUUUACACCUUCGAGUCUUUUGGCGCUUGCCGCUUGUGGUCGUAUAACUGGGCUCGUUGUCGACGUAGGGUGGUUAGAGACUACUAUCACACCUGUCUAUAGUUCGCGGCCGCUUUUCCCCUUAUCACGGUCAACCCCUCUGGCAGGGCGGCGUUUACACACACGAUUGAGGUCCCUGCUUUCUCGUCACGCAAUCUACAUUGCCCCUCCCAAAUUACUUGGUGAUUUAUCCAGAGAGAAGAGACGGGGGAUACCACUAGACCUUUUGACAGAUACACUGGUCGAGAAGGUUGUUACGGAGGGCCUGCUAGUUGGUGGUGUAUUUACGGAACCAGAAAGGGAUGCGGAUAUGGAGAGGGAGGUAGAAUCCAACGAUUAUACGCAGACUAGUGUACCCGGAGGGAAAAGGAACCUUGAAAGCCCUCGGCUGAUAGAUUCCUUAGAAUCACGUUUCGCCUCAAGUUCUUCAUCCAAGGAUAUGACCUUCCCUAUACACACUGUCGAAGGCUCAUCUCAAAUGGGGUAUGGCACAAUUAUAGUGCCUGGUUGGAUCCGAGAGCGAGCAGCAGAGGUAUUGUUCGAAGAUGAUGAGGAAAAUGAGGGAGAGUCUAUUGUCACUGUUCUGUUGAACACCGUCCUAAAGUUACCAAUUGACCUUCGUCCAAGUAUUCUAUCCAGCAUACUGAUAACGGGUGGCUCUGCGUCUCUUCCGGGAUUCAUUCCUCGACUUAGGAUAUCCCUUCUUCAAUCUCUGCUGCCCCCUUCACAAUCUUCCGAUGAUACUCCAGUACCGCCAUCACCUCUCAACACCCCGGCGAGCCGAAAGGAACAAGCAUUGUUGUGGAAAAAACGUAUACGGGAGCCUUACAGGGAGCUGUAUGGCUUAGUAGAUAAGGUGGCUAUCUUGAACGACCCAGCCCCAGUCGACGGGGAGGUUGAUGGUGGGAAAGGCGGGAAAGCUCCGAGAUGGGUCCCAGGACUGAUGACUUGGGUUGGAGGAUCGUUAGCAGGAGUGUUGAGGACAGGCGGUCCUGAGCUUACCCGUGAAAAUUAUGACACUCUCCUAUCGACGUCCCUCGCCCGAGGAGACGCAUAUAGGCAAGAGCUGGAAGAGGCGUAUCACGAUGUAGCAGCGAGCAUCGGAAUAAAUGUGGAGGAACUGAAAGCAGGGGAGGCUGUGAGAGAUGGGAGAGGGCUUGGAAGAAGAAGGGGAUGGAAAGACGGCAAAGGCGUUGUGGGUGACUGGAGCAGAGCUGUCAAGGCUGGCUGAUACAUAGGUUCGGAAAAAGAGUUGCUGUAAGUAUCUAAUAUGCAAAUUACCGGUCAU